UUAUCACAUCUCUACAUCCUUUUUGUUUGGUUUUUCUUUGAAUGCAUAUUGCUCCAUCUUCACUAAAACUCUCAUGAAUUUCUUAGUGUGUUUUUUUGUUUUGAAAAUAUGCAUUUCUUAGUUUGUGUUGUUUCAAAUCCACUUUUUUACAUAAACUCGCAAAUCUCUUGUAGAUAAAUUGUAUGCAUAAAUUAGUCUUGCGACUUCUACUAUUCUACAUGCAUUAAUUUUCGCGUUAUAUUUUCUAGUUUUGUGAACAAUUUGUGGAAAUAUUGAAUCAUGGAGAAGAAGGUUAUUAACCAAUUCUACCAUGAACAUCCUUUGUAUCUCAUGGAAAAUGUGAGUGACGAGGAUAGUCCAAAUUGUUAUGGUUGUGGUGAUCCUGUAACUAAUUUAGAGUCAGCAUAUGUUUGCACGCAACAAAAAACUUGUCAGAAUAGGAUUGUCCUCCACAAGAAAUGUGGAGAAUUACCUAUUCAAGUUUUGCAUCCUAAACACCCUCAACAUCCCCUUCACCUAGUUGAUUACCACCGGAAGAGUGGCCUCGGGUGGUGCGAUGUAUGUUUGCAUGAUCUCGAACCCGUGCUUGGGUACCGAUGUUCUAGCUGUGAUUUUGAUGUUGAUAUAAAAUGUGAAAAGAUAAGCAUAAAUGUGAUAUUAGAAGAGAAAAGACAAAUAGAGCAUCCAAGUCACUCUGACCAUCCCUUGACACUUAUGAGAAAGCCCCCACUAACAUUUUGUUGUGAUGGGUGUGGUAUCGAAGAUGUGGACAUGGCGUAUAUAUGUAGCAUAUGUGAGGUGUGUAUUCAUAAGAGUUGUGCAUCGUUGCCCCUCAUUCUCCCCUUAAAUCCCCAAUACCACCACCAUCCUCUUUCUCUUGCCUUCACUUUUCCAUCAAAGCAUCGCAAAUAUAUAUACCAUUGUGAUGUCUGUCUCAAAAGAUUAGAUAGAACAAGUUGGGUGUAUUUUUGUGGUGACUGCAGAUUCUUUGCCCAUAUCAGAUGUGUUGUUGCAUCCACCACAGGAGACUUACGACAUGAUGAGGAUGAUGAUGGUUCCAACGUUAUUGAAUUUCCGCUACAUGCCCAUGAUGUAUCCAAGAAGUUGAUCACACCCUUUGUGAUGAGAGAACAAGGUCUUGACAACAUCCCAGAUGUAAAAGACAUGCCCGCAACGGUGAAGAUGCCAGAGACCAUAGCAAGUUUUUCAUUUUUGUUCAAUUAUCACAAACAUCCUUUGAGUUUGGUUUCAGAGUUGUCCAGUAAAGAUGAUAAAGUUGAUUACAACGAAGGGAUGGAUGAGAGAGACAAAGGUGAUGAGUUGAAGAUAUGCGAUGCGUGUGUAACACCCAUAUCUUCUCUUCCAUAUUACAAGUGUGCUCCUUGCAAAUAUUUUUUGCACUCCAUUUGCUACUUGUUUCCUAAAACUUUAUCGUCAUCAUCAUCUUCUUCUCCUGUCCUGUAUGGUGAUUGCCCAAAAACGCAUGAUAAAAACCAUAAAUUCACGCUCUAUACAAGCUCAAUAUUUACAGAUAGGAAUCCGAGGUUUUGCAAGUGUGUGGUUUGUGGGCAUUUCACAAAUGGGAUGGUGUACGCGUGUGAAGGGUGUGGAAUGAAGGUGGAUGUCAAGUGCGCUUCUCUGCCGACAACUAUCAGGCACGCAGCUCACCGACUUCACAGACCGCUAGUCUUGACUAGAACACCACCUCGAGAAGCUGGCAAACCGAAAUGUUGCUCUGGCUGCAGAUCUUUUUUGGACAACUGUAUUGCAUAUUGCUGCAGCAGCAAUGAUUGCGACUUUGCGUUGCACUUGAGAUGUGCUAUGCUGCCGGCGAGCAUAAUGAUGCGUGAGUGGGACAAAAACCAUUCAUUGAUGUUGUCAUUUGAUGCCUCUCUCGACCAUCCCUCCGACUUUGUUUGUGAUUUGUGUGAAGAGGAAUUGCAUCCCAAGAGGUGGAUGUAUCACUGUCGCCAAUGCGACCUUUCCUUCCACCUUUUUUGCCUCAGGGCUGCUUCUGGCUGGUUUAGGAACAUCAAACUUGGGCGCCGAUUUGUGUUGGACGGGGUUCACCGGAAUCACCCUCUCACAUUCAAUCACAUCACUAUCAAGAGAAGAUGCGACCUUUGCCAUGUGAAAGUGUUUAACUACUGUGGAUUAGAAUGUGCAUCAUGUUACUAUGUUGUGUGCCUAUAUUGUGCUAGGAGAGAGUUGUCAAAAUGAUGUAAUUUGCAGGUGUUUGUACCUCGUUGUUUAUA